AUGGAUAUUAAUGCUGAGGUCUCAAAACAAUUAUCACUGAUCGAUGCAUUGCUGAGCAACUUUGACAAGACAAUACCACCAAGUCCAGAUAAAAAGAAUGAGAAGAAAGAAGAAGAAACACAGGAUGCCAUGCCAGACUCUACCACUAACACAGAGAAGGGCAACACCAACCCGUUCCAUUGCGGUGAUGAUGUGCUUGUACCAAACAAAGAUGGAAGAUAUUAUUUAGGGACUAUAGUAGAGCUGAGCACAAGUAACGACAAUGAUUCGUGCGAAGUGGGCACGGGUGUCGCACGGUGCCUCGUCAAAUUCGGGGACGGGACACACGCGUGGGCGCCGGUCGCCACGCUCAAGCUACUCAGCGCUCCGCCGGCAGACGACGGCCGAAUUAUGUGUGUGGUGUGCAAGCGUAGGGAAGGCCCGGCCUCUAGUCCUGCCACCAAUGCCAUCAUCGCCUGUGACAUGUGCGGCAGAGGCUAUCACGCCAAGUGCCACACCCCGCCUGUCGAUGCCUGGAUAAGCGGCGCAUCAUGGCACUGCAAACGAUGCGUAGAUCAGCGAUACCGCGUGGCUGCGGCUGAGAAUCGUGCGUCGAAGCGAUCCGACCUGUUCCGCUUCAAGGGUGGCCAGCAAAGACGUCAACAGCAGGAACUCACACCGCCCUGUGAUACUGCGUCAACUACGUCAUCGGCUGCGUCUGAUGCCGGCAAGGAUCAAAGCGAAGGUCAUUGUUAUUGUGUAGAGAAAAGUGAUUGGUUAGCUCAGAUGUUGUUAUGUUGUCGAUGUUCUCGUUGGUUUCACCAAAGAUGUGUGUCGAGUUUGCAAUAUCCUCUUUAUGCUGGUGAUAAAUUGUAUAUUUUCGCAUGCGCUAACUGUAACGGCGGUACAGAGUUCCUACGGAGACUGGAACUGUGCUGGCUGGAUCUAGCCCACCUUGCACUAUAUAACCUCACAGCAUACAACGCUCCCAACUACUUCGACCUGGACACGGUCAUAAUGCCCUACAUCAUGGACAACUGGCACGCGCUGCAGUUACCUGAAAAGAUGUGGCGGACCCCGGUUAACGAAAGACGGGAACGUAUAUUAACAGCGCUAACAUCUUCCCGCAAACGUUUUAAAUGCGGACGCGAGAUGAAGAAGCGCGCUACCAUCUGGGGGCUUCGGCUAAGGCGACCUCCACCACCUCCGCUACAGCUCACCGCAUUAGAACAGGUUAAAAAAGGAUUGCCUCUGACCGAUGAAAUGGUUCGAGAAUACGCGCCAAAGCUACGGUUUCUCCCUCGGCCACCUUCACCCCAAACUAUCACCUCUGUAGACGAUUGUUCCCUUCCCUCCAGUAGCAACAAUGAGAAGAGUUCCUAUAAAAGCAAUAAUAUGAUUGUACCAGUAGACGGACACUGGUUAAAUUUGAUGAUGGGCAAACGUUUCCACGAAAAUCUCAACUCGAAUUCAGAAAACGACUCGACUAGUUCCUACGAAUCCGUGAAGACUUGUGAGCGCGACGAACAGCUGUCGCCCCCUAUAUGCACCUCUACAGAGACUAAAUCCGACACCAAAGAUGAUAAUUUAGAGAAACUGUCAGAAGUGAUCGAGUCUGAAUCGAACGAAGCGAAGUCGACUUGUGAAGACAUUCCCGUAGCCCCUCUAGACGCUUCGCACCUGCCGUGCGCUGUUCAGUUAGACAAAGUAUCCAAAGAGAACAGCGACGACGCUAACAUAGACAAAGGCGACUCUUGUACUAUAAAUAUUAACACUCACUCGACAAGAAUAGCGACGAUGAACCUCGAGGUCUCCAAAUUGUCCACAAAGAAUAUCAUAGAACAUUCCAAAAUCAUGUCGCUACAGCACAUGGACCGUCUCCCCUACAACAACAGCUUAAUCCCGGACGUGGAGUCUUCGGGAGAUGAAACAUCGAGUAGAGGCACAUUAGAUGCUAUUAUACCCCCCUUAAAGGACUUCCAAGGGAAGAAUAAUCCUUUUUUAAUGCAAAACUCUUAUUCGUCCAAGACGCCGUUUGCAUCGAAUAUGAACUUGUAUAAUAGACAAAAUGGUAAAUUGAACCAGUACCAUUCGCGCUUUUCACUGCCAAAUCAACUGAAUCCGUUACUUGGGCCGAUGGUGAGACCCACGAAGCGAAAACUUAGCGAAAAGGAUAUCGUCAUAGGACCCAACGGAGAGGUUAAAAGGAGGAAGUAUAGGAGACCUAAGAAGCAUUUACAGUUACAGUUAAAUAAGUCAUGUCCACUGCCAGAAGACUCAAAGACUGCCGUGACCCCCACCGAGAGUGAGGCGACGCCGCCGGCCACGCAUAACAUGAACGCCGUGAACUUCCACGGCAGAAGGCUGAGGCAGCGCCAAGAGAAGAACUACUAUGAGAACGCGCGGCGCAACACGAGCAAUAGCGCGAGCAGCAUCAACAGCUUGAAGAGCUUGCAGCUGAGCCCGCACAAGACGAGCGCGGCGUGCGAGCCGGACGCGCACCAGCUGUCCGCACUCAUGUCCAGCGUGCAAUCGUACUUCCGUGCCGGGCAGACGUUUCGCGUGCUCGCGCGCCGCGUCUCGCCCGGCCUACAGCCCGCCUACCUCAUCGAGUGGGAGUCCAGCACCUCAUAG